AUGCCACUGCCACUGGGCGGCAUGGCCGGAACCGUCGCGCAGAGCGUUGGAGAGGCGAUAUGGCAAUUCAUGGGGCAGCCCGCGGCUUCAACGUCAGGGAAUAGCGCCAUGCCCACGGGAGAAAUCCUGAAUACUCUUCAGAGCUCUCCGUUGCAUGCCUUGAUUAUAGGUAUCAACGAGUACAAGUCGCACCGCAUCAAUAACCUGCGGGGAGCUGCGCCAGACGCAGACGCCAUUGCAGACUACCUAUGCCACGAGCUACAUGUUCCACCUCACCAAAUAGUAACCCUUCGCAACGAGCAAGCUACGCGCAGUGCUAUCAUACGCGAACUUCGCGCGCUUCGAUUGCGCGAUAGCAUCCGCCCGGACGACCCGAUACUCAUAUUCUAUGCCGGACAUGGCGCGACCGCUCCAGCGCCACCAGGUUGGGACUCCGGUUCCGACAAGAUUUCACUCAUAGUACCGCAUGACUGUUUCAUUCCCGGAAAAGAUGGCCAGCAAGUGCAGCCUAUCCCAGACCGGACCAUCGGUGCUAUCCUUCACGAGCUCGCGGAGAAGACGGAUGGCGCUGGUCAAGCUAAGGGCGACAAUAUCACCGUCAUCUUUGACUGCUGUCACUCCGGCUCCGGGACACGACAAAAGGACUUCAAUCCUGACCGUCUCGAGCGAGGUUUUGAACUGGAAGACUCGGAAGAUGAUAUCCCUUUCAGCCUGGACAAGGAUAUCUGGGACGACAUCUCUGAUCCAGACGAGCGCGCUAUCGCUGUAGCUGCCGGUUUUGCCAAGUCUGGCUCGCGCUCGCAUGUGCUUCUGGCUGCAUGUCGCGAGAUCGAGAAGUCCCACGAGGAGAAUGGUCGUGGGGAGUUCACCAGGGCGCUACUCGAUACUCUGCGCAGUGUCGCGACGGACAAGCUGACAUACCAAGACCUUAUGCAGCGCAUUCCAGACAUCCCAGAUCAGAUCCCGCAGUGCGAAGGUCGUAAUGCAGACCGCCUCUUAUUCAACGCCCUUGCACCUAGCAAGGCCCGCGUCGUGUACACCAUUUCUGUGAAAGACGGAAAAUACAUCAUGGACGCUGGCUCGAUUCACGGCGUAACGGAGGAAGCUCGAUUCUCUCUUUAUUCCUCUCGCGACUUCUCACCCAACGACACGCCCUUGGGGACCAUGGUGGCUGCGACGGUCAACGCCUUCAGCUCAGAGCUGACACUUUCCGACGCCGCUGCUAUGGAGAUCGACCUCCCUUCGCCUUGCUUCGCUUUCCAGACAUCGAUGGGCCAGGCGGAGGCUCUUCGCAUGUACAUCCCGCCGUCAGAAGACCUGCGAUCGGUGAUAGAAGCGCUUGCGAAGGAGCUGCAGCUCCAGGAGGACUCUGGAAGCCCCCCUAUUCUUCUCGGAGACCAGAAGAGUGCACAUAUCAGUGUACGCGCUCGUGACGACGGCGAGAUCGAGUAUAUGAUCAACGACUCUCUCAUCACCAUUCACGGUUUAACCAGUUUUUGUCGAACGACCAAGCCGGACGAGCGCUUCAUCCACCCUGUUCUGCGAGCUGCAAGUCACUUCUUUUGGCAUCUACAUCGCUCGCCACAGAAGAACAUGCUACGCAGCAAGGUCUCCGUCGAAGUUCACUCGCUGGAGCAGGAUGAGGAAGGAGAGAUCGACGAAAAUCUGGAUGCGCCCUGGGUGCCAAGCAGUGCUAAUCUACUCAAGAACGGUGUUGUCAAUGUUGUUGCUGACAGUGAGACGGUGUAUGGCAUCAAGAUGACUAAUGCUGUUACCGUCCCUCUACAUGUUUGGGCGUUCUACUUCGAUUGCAGUGAUUUGUCGAUCAUGGAGUACUACAGACCAGCGGUCACAGGCGGAGGCGCGGAGCCUAGUCUCCCGCCUAAAGGUCGCCUAACGAUAGGUUAUGGCUCCGGGGGAGCGCAACCGUUCAAGUACUUUAUACGUCCCGGCCAGGAUUUCGAUGUCGGCUUCAUCAAGCUCUUCAUCUCGACAGAGCAUGUUGACCUAUCGAACGUCGUACAGGAGUCUCCGUUUGUGUCAACAACCCCGCGCGGCUCAGGAUUAGCAGGGCAGAGCCAAGUAGUAGUCCGUCGUGCGGACUCUCUCGAUACCCUGUAUCAUCUUGCAGACAUAUAG